AUGUUAGUAAGAAAUUUAUACGAAAUAAAGAAGAAGAAUGAUAAGAAAAAUAGUUGUGGAUAUUUAUACUAUUGGAUAUAUGAGAAUGUAUGGGGGCUGUUUGGUAAUAAUUGGAAUAAAAUACAUGGAAAAGAGCCUAUUCUUGCCCUUUUUGAUACAGGUUAUAAAAUUAUUAAUGAAUUAAAAAUUAAUGAAUGCUUCUAUGACUAUGAUACUGAAAUUAGUUUAGAAGAGUUGAGAGAAAAAAAGGAUUUGUUCGAUUAUUUUAAUAAUUAUAAUAAUAUUGAUGCAUAUGUUAAUUCUGAAGAAACAGGAAAAGAAAAGUAUUGUAAAUACUUUACCUACAUUAAGAAAAUAUAUAGAAAAUAUAUAAAGAAAUGCUGUAUAUAUUACGAUCAUUAUAGCUAUAUGAAUACCUGUUCUGAUUAUUUUAGAAUAUAUUAUCCGAAUGAUUUUUUAUGUAAAUUAAAUUGUCCAGUGGACGAAUUACAUCAUGACUCAAAUAAAGCAGUAAAAAGUUUUUUAUUUUUCAGUAUAAAUAUUUCAUAA